AUGGCUAGAAGUUGUUGUAUGGACUGUUGCUUGUUUUUUUUUGCAAUUUUUUUUCCACCAAUUGCAGUUCUUAUGGAAUUCGGUUGUGGAGCUGAUUUUUGUUUAAAUCUUCUUUUAACCUUAUUGGGUUUUCUUCCAGGAACCAUUCAUGCUCUUUGGGCCUGUUUUUGUCGUCAAUCUGAGUAUCAAGGAUUUCAAAACCAGAUUAUUGUCACACACGCUGAUGUUUAUGAAGACAGAAGACCUUAUGCUUAA